AUGGAAUCUCCCUCAGACCUUUCCGAGUACGGCAGCGACGACUUUCCCGAGGAUGUAAAGGGCCGCCAUCUCAGCUACGAAGCCACUCCGGACCAAGAGCAGCGGCCCAGCAAGCGACAACGCCUGAAUAUCCGCGCGCCCUCUUCGCCCCCAGCACACAUCAACAUCAUGCCGCCAGACGAGGAAGAGGAGCUGUCCGAAGACACUGAUGGUUCUGUGCCCGCAUCGCCACACCACCACCCGGGCAUGUCGCAAGACGACGACUACGGCCAGGAACAGGUGACAGUGUGCAAAUGGGACGGGUGCGCAGCGGGAGAUCUCCAGAACAUGGAUAAUCUCGUAGAGCAUCUUCACGACGACCACAUUGGCACCAGGCAGAAGAAGUACAGUUGCGAAUGGAGCGACUGCUCGAGAAAGGGCAUACCGCAUGCCAGUGGCUAUGCACUACGAGCACAUAUGCGCUCCCACACAAGAGAGAAGCCCUUUUACUGCACCCUACCAGAAUGCGACCGCUCCUUCACCCGCUCCGACGCUCUGGCAAAACACAUGCGUACAGUCCACGAAACCGAAGCCUUGAGGCCCUCUGACCCCGUCCCCAAACACCACUCCUCCAACCCGACAAACAACAAGCAGCGCCUCAAGCUCGUCCUUAACAACGAAGCCACCAAGAAACUACCUCAUGACAAGGCCUCAACACCCGGCUCCCCGUCAUCCCUGCACCCACCCAACAGUGCCUCUACCGCUACCAUCCCCCUGGCAGCAGCGGCUUCAGGACCCGCCUCAGACGCAGACUACAGCCAUAACAACAUCAUCUAUCUGCAAGACCUCGCCGGCCCAAAUGCCCCCAAAUUAGUCCAGUUUCCACCCGACAUAGAGUUUACUCCAGAGGAACUCGCACUCCCAGCUCCACAACUGUUCCAACUACUGCGCCGACAGCUGCUAUGGGCAACGCAGGAGGGCGAGCAAUUACGCGCUGAAGCAGAGGAGUUGGAACGAGUACGCUACGAUGAGUGGCAGGCCAAGGAAUUGCUGUUUGAGAACUUCAUGGAGGCGCAGGCGGCGACUGAGCGGAGACGUCGUGUGCAGGAGGGUCUGCCAGAGGACAUGGAUGGCUGGCAGUCUGUUGAGAAUGAUAUUCUGCCAUCCAAGGCUUUGCCUAUUCCGCCCAGAGAUGGCAAAUUGCCGUGGUGGCGCGAUGAGGCUGCUUUGGUGACGAGGCCGAAAGUCGAGGACGAGGCACUACAGGCCGUUGCUAGACCGCCGCCGGCUGAUAUCAGACAGCAUGAGGAUGUUACGCCGCAAGUUCCCGUCGUCUAG